GUUAUCCUUGUGAAAAACUGCUUCGCCGACAAUAAUAUCAAAGUUUGAGUUCGAGAUUACAUGAUACGAUUCGUGACGUACUUCCUUCUUUACUGCCUAGGAAAACGGCUAACUUCGCCUAAGGCUAACUACACGUUUUAAAAACCAGUAAUUCGUACUGUUAUGGAACGCCCUAGGCGAUUGUCAUAUGCUGGAUUUGUGAAGCCACCUCAACAAAAAUCUCGACGAGUGUCAGACGCAAGACACAGUGGAAUUAAUUCUCAAUCAACGUGCAUGACUAUAAAGAGCGGUGCGGCUUCUAUCGAAUCAUCCGAAGCUAAGUCUUCUUUAAUGUUAAAGGAAUCCAGUAGAUACGAGAUGAAUUUAAACCGCCCCACACGUCGUACUAGCCGGCCAAGUCGGGGAGAUGAUUCUUUUACUUGUUCUCAACAGUCAGUUCUUAGCGCUAUGGACCGAUUUGUGAAAGCCAUAAACAACAUGGAUUCAACAGUCUUGGUGCCUUCUCGAUUACAGGAUAUGGAAGUAAGCAACGAAAAUAGUAAAUUUUCUAAAUGCUUACCGUCUGGCCUUAAUAACGCAGAUGUAUAUAGAUUCUACACCAUGUUAAAAGAAGUGAAAACUGAACUUUUGUGGGGACCUACUUCGUUGGCUACCCCUGAAGUAUCCCUUCCUUGCAGUGGUAGAUCAUCUCCCAGUAACAGCAGUAGAGUUAUGAAACAUAUCCGUCAGCCAUCAGAUGACAGUUUGGGUAGCACAGGUUUUCCCUCAGAUCAAGAAACUGACAGUGAUAUUGAAAGUGUUGUGACUGAUCGGGACAGUAUUGAAGAUCAAUCAUCAGUUCCUCCUGGUAAUCACCUAGCUACUGCUUUUCGGCAUCACCUUCUAGGACUGCACACAAUUUUGAAUGAAUUAGCAGAUUCAGCAGACUAUUUGUCUUCCAGGUACCAGGAGGAAAUCGAAGCAGCCUCUGCGUAACCUAUGUUCUAGUGUAGUUCAAAUGUAAGUAAAGAAAAAAGACAAUUUUUGAAACGUUAAAAUAUUUUGCAAGAUGAAAUGCAGAUCAACUCAACAAGAAACUUGUGAUGCUAUUUCUUGCAGCUUAUUCAGAACUUCGUAAGUGGCUUUAAUGAUGUGAUCUCUGGCUUUAGGUUAUGUUCAACAAAACUUAAUUUAGUUUCCUGUCAAUGUAUCCUUGGUAUAAAGCGAAAAAAUUAACUUCUCAUAAGCUCAUUCUUUUUUCAAAUUUGUUUUCCAAGGAUAAGAAUUAGCAAUCCCAAAGAAAAAUAUCUUUACCCGGUGUUGAAAUAUCUUGCAUUUCCAUAUUUCAAAUUAAUGGUGACAAUAUAUUCUCAAUUGAAGAAUUUAAAACUUUUUCUGUAGUUUUGCUUAUUUCAAAUUUUGUAUUUAAAUCUUUAGUCAUUAUUUAUUGCAAUUUCUGUAUAUUUAUGUACAAGAUGUAGGAAUUUCGGUGUGGUAUAUAGCUGCAACCCCGUUUCCACUUUUCUAAAUCAAGUUCCUAGUCUUAUUUAUGCAUAAAUUUCUUCUCACAUUCCUUGCUAUUCAUAUUUGUAUGUUUAUUUACUUUUAUUUAACAUAAACUGAGAAGAAUUCAUAAUGUACUGCAUAUCAUAGCAACAGCCACUUAACUUUUUAAUCUCUAACCUCUUUUUCAAUUAAAUUAAUAACAUAGUUUUCAUAAGUUUUAUGGAUUUAACAUUUUUAACUGAAAGAAUGCUAAUAUCAAAAUUUUUCAAGCAAAUAUUGCAAAACUCUUUCGUAGAAUUAAAAUGUACUAAAUUUCAACAAAGUGCAACGUUUGUAAAAAUUGCUUUGAAAAUUAUAUUUUAAUUAAAAAGUCAUAUUAUGAAAUGAAAAUUUCGAUACGAUAAUUAGACUUUAUAAUUAUUAAUCUCAGAUUAUGUACUAUUACAAUAAUCUUGUUUUUAAUAUAUAGAUUUUAAUUUUAAAGUUUACAAUUAUCGGAACAAGUUUUUUAAUUAAAUGUUGGAAAAGUCGAUAUAGCAUUAAAUGCACUUCUAACACUAGUUCCAUUUUUAAAAGUUAAAAUUCAUAAGAAACAUGAAAGUUUUUCUCUAAUUGUUAUUCUAAAAACUUUCCCUCUUUUUUUUUUAAUAAAAAGUAAAAAAACCUUUUGUUAUUAGGCUUUUAAAAUUUUUAUGUGAAUAUUUUAUAAAGUUAAUGUAUUUCAUUCAAUGGCUUUAAUCAAGAUUUAUAAAAAAAUAUUCUUACGCAGCAUGUUAUUUUCGAACAUUAAAACUGAUUAAUUUAAAAAUAUUUUAGUAAUUGUUGGUUUUUUAAAGAGAUUUAUCUUUUUAUAGCAAAGAUGUAAUACUUAAUGUUUUUUAGGAUAUUAUGAAUGAGUUUAUUAUGCAUUCAUUCUUCUUUAAACCUAGAAUAGUUACUGUAUUAAUAUAAAAUUGUUUCUUAACCUUACAAAAAGAUUCAAAGCUUAUCUUUUUUUUAUGUUGUUUUGACAAGCUUAAAUUUAUUUGGGAUCUAUAUUAUUCUCUUAAUAUCAAAAAUUAACCUGGUGAAAAUUUGUUAAUAUAACUUUAAUUAUUUAUGAAAUGUUUUAAGUUUAAAAAAUUUUAUUGACUCAUUUUUUGAUUUAUAUUGUACAUUAAGACUUAUUUCGUACUUAUGUUCUAUUUAAUAAAUUAAAUGGGCAUUCAUUUUAGUUAUUAAAUUUCAUCAACCUUAUUUAAUGUUUUAUUUCAUAAGAAUUUUGUAUUUCUUUUCUUUCAAUAGAUACUUUGUAUAUAUUCAUUAUACGCCAUCAUUUUGUAACUAAUUACUUAGUAAUGUAACUAAAAUAUUCUGCUUUAGGCACUUGCAUGCCAAACUAUAAAUCAACCAAAGAUAAUGAUUCUGCAUUCUGGAGUUGUUAGUAUUUAAAGAUGUCUGUAAAUCUUUGAUGGUCUAACUAAUAAAAUUUAAGCUGUUGUUUA